AUGGCACCAACGGGAGUGCAAAAACCAUUUGUCGCUAUAACCGAGCAGCCUCAAUCGAAAGCACUAAGAUUUCGGUACGAAUGUGAAGGUCGUUCGGCGGGUUCGAUUCCUGGAGUACACAGCACGCCGGAACAGAAGACUUUCCCGGCAAUCGAAGUUCGCGGUUACAAAGGACCGGCAAUGGUUGUGGUAUCUUGUGUUACGAAGGAUCCACCAUACCGGCCUCAUCCACACAAUCUCGUCGGAAAGGAAGGUUGCAAGGAAGGCGUUUGCACUGUAAAACUCGACUGUAACAGUAUGAGCUAUGUGUUCAGUAAUCUUGGCAUACAAUGUGUUAAAAAGAAAGGCAUCGAGGAGUCCCUUGGCCUCAGAGAAAGGAUUCAGGUGGAUCCAUUUCACACCAAAUUCGGACAUGCAAAACAACCUGCCACGAUCGACCUUAACGCCGUUCGACUGUGUUUCCAAGUGUACCUGCCCGGAGGCCCCGAUAAAAAAUUCACGCAACCUCUUCAACCAGUCGUGUCGGAUAUAAUCUAUGAUAAAAAGGCGAUGUCCGAUUUGGUAAUAUGUAAACUUAGUGAAGUUACUGCGCCAGUUUCAGGCGGAAAGGAAAUUAUUCUUCUCUGUGAAAAAGUCACCAAAGAGGACAUAUCUGUGCGAUUCUACGAAGAGCGAAACGGUAGAAUAGUGUGGACGGAUUCUGGAGAAUUUCAACACAACAAUGUACACAAACAAGUGGCUAUUUGUUUUAGAACUCCCAGAUAUCGCACUCUCGAUGUUGAACAUUCUGUGAUGGUAAAUAUUCAGCUAAGAAGGCUUUCGGAUGGAGCUACUAGUGAACCAUUACCGUUCGAACUACUCCCAGUUGAAUCGUUUAGUCAGAAAAGAAAAAGGCAAAAAAUGAGCAGUUGUGAGACAAUAGACCCUACUCCUGGGUUUGGUGGUUUUGUCGGACAACCGGUUCCAAAUGAGCCAACAAAGACCGAUCGAGGGGAACCGUUGAAUCAAUUGAACGCUUUUCAAGGACCUUAUCGUACUAAUGAUGCUUCUAUGAAUCAAUGGUGUGCAGGUCCAUCUCAAGGAGCCAUUUCUCCGUUUAUGGGAGCAAACAAUGUGGGUCCACCAGCAAGAGGUUACCAGCCGGGUCCUUCCAACGAUUUUUCUAUGACCGGCCAACAGCAAAACUUUUCAAUGUCGGUGAAUUUGGGCGCUCAAUCGAUGAGUGCAUACCAACAACAAGCUCAAUUUCGGAAUCAGCCGCAGCCAUACAAUGUGUAUCAAAUGCCAGCCAAUGCCAGCAACAUGCAGUACAAUGUUAAUAAUAGUAUGCCCACCGGUGGUCUGGGAAACCAGGUGAACACUGUCGAAUGCAACAUGGGCAACCUGUACAUGGAAGAUAUGGAACUAUUUCUGGGCCUAACCACAGCCGAUAUCAAGCAGGAGACCUAUCAACAACGAAUGCAGCAGGACGAGGAGGAACAUCUUUCCAAUAGCUUCACCAGAUUAACCACAAAUGCGAUGAAUGAUUUAGGAAAAUGA